AUGCAUUCGUUAAGAGGAUGGAAUUGGUUGGCUCUGGGUGGUCUGGUUGGACUGGUACACAGCGCUGCAUUGCCUGUUAUUACACCUGCGCCGCAACCAGACCGAGUUGGCAUUCGGUCACUAAAGUAUAGGCAAGACCCUGAUGCCAUCGAAAUAUUACAGGUGCUUAUUACUGCACUACCACUUUCGCUACGGCAAAUCGCUGCGACGAACAUACCCGCAGUCUCGAGCAUACUAUGGGAGGAAUUCUUGGACGACAACCGGCCAGACUGGUUCAACGAGCUCCCAUAUGAUAUACAGUCUUACUUCAUACAAGAAUUCGGACCAGCGACGGCAGCGCCACCUGCGAGCGAAGCAUUGCCCACUGAUGUCACCGCAUCCGCAACGGAGGUACCAACAGGGGCAGCCUCGAAUACAGAUUCGUCAGUGAUAGAAACACUGUCCACUAGUGCGGUGGACUCUUCUAGGACAUCAGGAUCCGAAAGCUUGAGUACAACACCUACGCCUAUGCCAUCUUCGACUAGUCUCUUGAGCGAUACAUCCAGUCUGGCGUCAUCCUCAGAAUCUUCUUCUGCGUCUUCAACUAUCUUUUCAACUUCGCCAUCGCCAUCAAGUUCCUCUGCGACUCCAAGCUCGACCACAGAUCCUCUAGCGCCAGCAUCCAGCGAUUCUGGCCUGACAAGACGCGAGAAAAUUGGGCUGGGUGUAGGUGUGCCACUAGCCGUACUUGCGAUUGCCGCAAUAUUGUUUGGAUGCUGCUUUAUCCUGCGCAGAAGGAGAAGAAGAUCCAUUGAAGGCAGUCAACCCCCCUCAUCACCCGGCUUCAUUCCUCGUUUCUCAUUCCAGGACCGAGGCCUCAGCGUCGAGAAUUUCGAACACAGGCGACCCUUGAACCCCGCAGCACAACAGAAAAGCCGGUUUGUGGAAGACAUGAACUGGGAAGAUGAUGGCUAUGACCCGGCACCUAUGUCUACAGCCUACCAGGGCCAUACGAUACCACCGGCUGCAGGCGUGUCUCACCCUAACCAAGGGUAUUCUUUGCCAGUAGAAUCAACACCAAUGACGAUGCAAGACAACCACACGCCCAUUCUAGCGCCCGCGCUCUAUCAUAGCCACUCGUCAAACCGAGCCCGUGGCCGACGAACAAGCUACACUAGUCUUCACUCUGUGGCCGAAGUCACAGAACCUGACGACGAAAUGAACGGAGAGUCCCCUAUCCUAGGGCGUCACAACUCACCCCCCAAGACAGGUCCUCGAAGACCCGGUAUGUCUGCCUUGGACACGCUACCUGUUGCCGCUGUAGCGAGCAUAAAGCGAAAGCCUGUACCCACAAGUCCGAUCAGUAGCCCUGCAGCGGAAGCAUCCCGAGGCCUCCUCCGACCCUCUCUGGCACAAAACACCGCCGAUCAUAGUGGUAGCAGUUCCUCCGGUCUUGCCGUCUCCAGUAUGUCUUCCAACUCUGGGCACGUAUACCACUCAGACGAUUCCGCGCCCAUUUCUCCCAUUACGCACCAGAAAACGUCUUCGAACCCCUUUGCAGGCGGAUAUUCCUAUCUUGAGGAUUACGGCCCUGAGUAUUCGAACGAUGGGUACAACGACCAGGAUGACGAGCUGUAUGGCGGACACAGGACUUUGGAUCGGUAUCCAGACCCCAAUCCGCCAAUGAGAAAAAGCAGCAAGACAGAAUGGCCAUUGAGAAACGUCAUGGGUGGCGGUGGUCAGAAGAGGACGAGAAGUCCCAUGUGGGAUCGUGUUUAUGAACGUGUAUGA